AUGUCUUUGAGGAGCACGCCAGUAGCCUCUUCUCCCAAAAUUGGUGGUACUAGGAGUGGAGAGAAGCAUUCAGCUGGCGGAACAAAUACUAGAGGAAACGUCAUGAGAAAAUGUAAAGCCGAAGUGGAAUGCGGUGAUAAAACUAUCGAAGUCGUCUUUUUAACAGAAAGUGUUUUUGAAGGCAGAAUAUUCGUGAUAGGACAUGCUAAUGAUACGAAAUGUUUUUCACGUAACGUAGGACGACGGACCACUUCUAUUCUCAUAAAUAAAGACGAAUGUGGUGUUGUUACUACACGAUCGACAAAUCCUCCAGGACUUUUCUCAAAUGUGAAAAUUAUGAUCUCUUUCCACAAUGACUUCAUUACAAAAGUGGAUCGGGGGUACGAAAUCAGCUGCUUCUACAUGCAAGCGGAUAAAACGGUCACGUAUCCGAUUACGGUAGCCACACAGGAAAUUGCUGGACUCACCGAAAUCGCUGAAAUGCCACGUUGCCGUUAUGAGGUUAUCGAUCCGGAGACGAAAGAUACUGCUGAUGUGGUUACGGUAGGAAGUAAGCUGCUGCAUAGAUGGACAUGUGAAAGUACAGCACCAGACCUGUGGUGCAUGACAGUUCAUUCGUGCCAUGUUGAAGACGGGACCGGAACAACGUUUUCGAUUUUGGAUGAGAAAGGAUGCUCCAUUGAUCGAUAUCUUCUGGAUAACCUCGAGUAUGGACCUGGACCAUUGCAAGCGCAGAAAGAAGCGCAUGCUUUCAAAUUCGCCGAUAAGGUUGUUGUGAAUUUCCAAUGUAGUGUACGAAUCGAUAUCAGAGACGGAGAAUGCCCGAUCCCCACCUGUGAGGAUCCGAUCAACUUUGAAAGACGACUUCGUCCACGAUCAGCUGGAUAUAUUCGCGAAACUCCAUUGCUCACAAACGGAUCAGUUGAAGUGGACGUGAACGCACAACAAAUCGAUGUGUUAGAUCCACAAAUUGACUUCGGCUUGGACGCCGACGAAGCACACGUCGCCGCCGUGCUUCGACGUUUACGAGGACGUGAUUGCGUACAAAAACAGCAAUUGAUUGUACCGGCAGCGGCAACCAUCUCACUGAUUAUCGCACUGCUUGGAGUCAUAUUUGUACUUUUACGAAGACCGUAUCCACAAAAGUAG